AUGACCGUCGCGGGGGCGAUGAUCGGCUUCGUUCUGCUUAUAGGAAUCUUCUGUUUAGUUCUUCGAAUGUGCAGACCGAGGCGGCAGCGCAGGUUUCUGACCUUCAACUGCUCUGUUUGCCUGAGCGAGUUUGAAGAAGGCGAAAGCUUGAGGUUGUUGCCCAAGUGUAGCCACGCUUUCCACAUCCCUUGCAUCGAUACUUGGCUUAGAUCUCACAAAAAUUGCCCACUCUGUCGCGCCCCGAUCGUUGCCGCCGAUGCGAAUUCCAGAGCUGUUGCUGUUCAAGCUGUUGUUGUAGGGUCAUCGAUGAAUCUCAAUUCCGGGGAAAAUUCUACAGUAGAGAAUUUGGAACCUACAACUCUAAUAACUGCACCGGAGGAGGAGCGAGAGGGUGAAGUGAGUCUUGGUAGUGGUGAGUGGUGA